AUGGUACGCGCCUCAGUGGUCUGUAUAUCACAUGGAGGAGGACCCCUUCCUGUAAUCGGUGGACCGGGUCAUAGAGACAUCAUUCAUUCCCUAAAAAACCGAGUCCCUAAGAUCCUCAAGAUUGGUACGCCGGAGGCCCCGCGAGGCAUCGUUUGCGUGACGGCCCACUGGUCCGAACAUCAACCUACCAUUUCAUCCGCGAGCCACCAUGACCUCUACUAUGAUUAUGGCGGUCUCCCAAGUGAAGCUUACAGCCUGAAGUACAAUGCUAUGGGGUCGCCUGCCAUCGCGGAAGAUAUCAAGAAGGUUCUUACUGAGGAAGGUUUUACACCUAUUCUUAAUAGGAAACGAGGUUGGGAUCACGGUGUUUUCAUCCCCAUGAUGCUUAUCAAUCCGGCCGAGGACAUACCCAUCAUUCAGUUAUCCAUCCUCGCGUCUGAAGACCCGGCUGAGCAUCUCCGAAUGGGCCGAGCCCUUUCGAAACUUCGUGACUCCAACAUUGCAAUUUUGGGCUCUGGCUUCGCAUCUAUUCAUAACAAUAGAAAAGUGGUUCCAUUGAUGAUUAGCGAUACCAGGGCGCCUGCAAAGUUGAUCAAAAGUGCCAGCGAAUGGAAUUCAGAGCUGACAGCUGCGGUGACAAAGGAAAGAAGGCAAGACAGGGCAAAAGCACUUGAGGGGUGGAGGAAUUUCAUUCAUAGCUAUGAGAUGCAUCCGCCAGGUGCUGCCGAUCAUUUCAUGCCUUUGCUGGUGUGUGCGGGUGCAGCAAAUGAUGGGGCGGCUAGGAAGUAUAAGGAUGAUUUCCUCGGGAUGGAUAUUUGGACGUAUUAUUGGAAUGAUUCCCAUGUUUGA